UCGUUAUCCCGGUGUUACCGGGGGCCCCCAGAACAGACCCCCGAAACCUGUGCAUCCUUCAGGGACUGCAUCUGCCGGACAUUAGGGACCAUCCCCGGGAUAUCACUUCUUCCAGGCUGCAGCCUCCUCCGGGUGUCACACCCUCCUCUGCACCCCCAGGUCAGUGCAUCCCCCUGCACCCCAAAAUCUGGACCUCUGCCGGGUGAAGCCUCUGCUGUCCACUACCUCCUAGUAGCUGUGCCUCCUCCUGUCUACUACCUCUGCCCAAAUAUCACCCUAUGAGCCACAAACCCCUGUGCCAGUUACUGUAUUACCCCUACCCCAAAAUAUUUGCUGCCCAUGGGUUCCCCCCCUUAUUCCAAGCUGCACCCCUAUAAUCUUCCUGUUCUGAUCAUUUACAGUCUCCCCAUGAUUCAUUCACUCCCCAGUCACCCCUGCUGUGAUGCACCCCAAUAUUUCCUCUAGACGUCCAUUGGAGUGUUGCCCAUGUCUCUGAUGUGAUCCCCUUGACUUUAGGGUCCUUACUGCCCCCCUAAGCUGUAGGGUCCUCACCGCCCCCGUUGUACGUUAGGGUCCUCACUCCACUCUUCCUUGACUUUAGGGCCCUCACCGCCCCACUUGGCUUUAGGGUUCUCCCUGCCCCCCUUGGCUUUAGGGUCCCCACCACCCCUCUAAGCUGUAGGGUCCUAACGCCCCCAUAAUCUGGUUUAUUUUGUCAUUUUUCUCCACUCUGUAGCCCCUAACCCUCGACAUCCUGCCCUCUCCACUCUCGCCACUACCCGUGGCCCCCUCGUGCCCCCCCUCCUUGGCCCCCUCUUCCACCUCCUCCACAUUGGGGAUGACGGCGGGGGAGUUCCCACAUGGGGGCCCUGGAAGGUUGCCACGAGGGGGCCCCGGCUGUGCUCUGCAGGGCUGCUAUAAGGUGCUGUCCAUUCUGCUGCUGCUGGCUCAGGGGGCUUUGCUUGACCUCUACUUGAUCGCUGGCACUGACCUGUACUGGUGCUCCUGGAUAGCCACUGACCUGGUUGUGGUUGCCGGAUGGGGGAUCUUCUACUCCAAGAACAGCAGGGGUCGGAGAGACUAUCAGGGGUCACUCAGUUCCUCCGGAUAUGGACAGGUUCAGCGGCCAAAAAAGGGCCACUUUGCAUAUAGUCAUCUGGCCUGGCUGAUAUAUGCUAUAGCCUUCACCCCAAAGGUGACUCUCAUACUCUGCACCCCAAUAGUGGAUCAGAUUGAAGCUGGAGUCCCACUGGGCAGCACAGGUUUCAGGCUCACUGUUGCUCUCUCUGUCCCUCUCCUGUGGUCUCUGGUGCGCUCGCUCAGUGUUGACCCACGAGGAUGGCCACACCAAAGAGCCAGCGGGUACUUCAUCGCCUCCUGCCUGGACCUGCUUGACAGCUAUGCCCUCCUGGAGCCCAUGCUAGAUGGAAAGUUACCGCUAACCCCUCUAAUCCGGUACCCCCUAUUGGUGGUCUACUUUGUGGCCUUGGCGUCCCCCGUCCUCUGGUUGUCAGAGUUGGACUCGGCGGCCCCUGCUGGUUGUUGUCGCCUCUUCCUUCGUCUCCUCUUCAGCACCUUGGUGGACGCCCCCCUUUUGGCGGUCCGUUGCUUCUUGCUGUUGGGUCCGGCCAACCAACCCAUGUCUGUGUUUAUGUUAAAGAACGUCUUCUUCUUGGCCUGUCGCUGGCUGGAGGUCCUGGAACUCUGCUGUCUCCUAAAAUCUCCCGGUCCUGACCACGCGGACCGCCCUCCGGGACAGUUCAGCCACUGCGUGUCGGAAAACGACAUGGGGCCCCACGCUUAUGUCAACACGCUGGCUGUGACCUCACAGAACUGAGCUUCCCCAUCGUGGGUGAUUGAUCGGAAUAUACCAACCCCUCCUCCAUCCUCGUUCUUCAGUGGACCUUUCUCUUCUACUCCUGCCAACACUGCCAAUGUCUCCAAGACGAUCUCACAACACCUCAAGGGUCUUCAUAUGGAAACAGAUAUAAUGUAUGGAAAUCUAGUGAAAUAUGGUGGGUCCUGGUAUCUAAAUGGGGGGGGGGGGCAGAAGGGUCAAACCAAUGUCUUCACAUUUGUGGGGGGGGGGGGGGGGACAUGUUGAUGCAUAUCAGUGGUGUCUAAAAGCUAAUUGGUUUGUAGAUGUUGUGAUUUCGCAAUGUAAGAUCCUGUUAUAGGUUAUAAUUGGUGGUUUAGAGGGAACCCAUCACCAGCACAAUGUAAGGCACCCGGUGAGUAGCCCCCAUAGUGCCAAGACAAUGAAAGCGACUCCCAGCCCCCCCCCCCCUUAAAGGACACAAGGUGUCAGCUAUGCCAAAUGACAGAAGGGUGUAAUGACCAUAAUCGGCGCCAUUGCUACCUCUAGUAUAAUGAAAGUAUUGGUUGGCCAUAGGAGACCCGUACAGAAAAUAUCAAAAACAUUUCUUGUAAAAAUAAAUAAAUGUAAUGGGUGGACUUAACCUUUUUUGACAAGUAAUGCAUGCGCCGAUGUGAUCCUUAGUACUAACUGUAUACAUGGUGCAUUCUCCUUUGUUGAGCAAAAAUAUGUAUUUAAAAGGUGAACUUCUAAUCUAAGAAAAAAAAUAAUCUUUAUUUAAAAAAAUUAUAUAUAUAUAAAUAAUAAUAAUAACAUUAUUAUUACUAAUAGUAAAUAUAUAUAUAUAUAUAUAUAUAUAUACUCAAGUACUCAAAUCGACCUGCAGGUGUCGUGUGAGCCUAGGCAUCUAAACAACAGCGCCCCUACAGGUUAUUAUAGAAAAUAUCAUUUUUUUGUAUAGAAUUUAUCUUAAAGAAAUAUAUUUAAUGUCAAAGUGAAAUGUGUUUAAAAUUUAUAUAUAUAUAUAUAUAUAUAUAUAUAUAUAUAUAGUACCAAAUGCAGGAAAAAAUGAAGUCUCUCUGCUUCCCUUCCUGCUCCGUCACCGCGUGCGCAGACCACAGGCCGCCAUUAUUACUGAGCCCUGAGACUAGCGCUGCCUUAUUCCGUAUCUCUCCUUGCCCUGGCCUCCGGAAAUAUUUUAGACUUAGGAGUCUUUGGUUUCCCCAGGAAAAAAAUUUUUUUUUGUUUUUUUAAACUGGAUAAAAUGUAUUUUUUACGUUUAUUUUUUAGUUUCGAUUUUUUGCAGAUUUUUAUCAUUUUUAUUUUCAUGUUUUUUUUUAUAAUGUCUGUAAUAUUACAUUUUCAUUGUAUAUUUGCAAAAUUCCUUUAACCUGGCAUAUGAUAACAGAGUCACAUAAUCCGGCGCGGGUUCUAGUAUUAGAUGAUAUUAUUUUCUAUCCAUUUCCGAUAAUCCAGAGGAUCAGAUAAUCCAUCAUCUAUCAGUGAGUUCCCUAACCUCAAUCUCUCCUACUGUUGCAAAACUACAACUCUCAGCAUGCCCUGACGGCCUAUGGUAGCCUUCGUCUGUCAGGAUAUGCUGGGAGUUGUAGUCAUGGAACAGGUUGGGGUGCGCUGAUCUGUCGGGUGCUGUUGAUGCCGGAUUAAAGGAAUUUGACUGCAUUUGUGGUAUUAUUACCAGAUGCUGGGAUCGCCAUGGCGGUAAUUGUCUAAAGUGAUCCGAAAAUUCUACUUACUUGUAGUAAUCUUUGUCACUUUUUUUGUAAUUUUUUUUAAAUCUGUAUAGCGAAAAAAGUUGUGCUACCUGGAAACCAUCAACAAGCAGGUUAGAGACAGGUGUUAUAUAUUAUUGUAAUACCGUUUUGCGUAAAUUCCCAAACAGUGUGCCUCCAGCUGUUGCAAAACUACAACACCCAGCAUGGUUGGUAAACACUGCUCUACGCCCAAGGGAAGGACAAUCCUCCAGCCAUGGUUUCCCUAAAGGUUUCCUCCAUUGGGGGUUUUCCCCUCUCCUAAUUGUUGGAGACUAUCCGGGGCAUUCUGGUUGAGUUGUAGUUUUGCAACAGCUGGAGGCGCCCUGGUUGGGAAACGCGGCCCCAAGAGAUUAAGUGACUUACAGGCCAUUUUUAACGUCAACAGGCCAAGAUAAGAAUAAUAGAUCUGCAAACAGCAGCUUGCUGAUGGUUUCCAUGUAAAACCUGUAUAACUACUGAUGGGUAAAUUAUAAAGAUGGCCGAAGGCCUACCAUUAAGAACACUACUGCACUACUUCGUUCAAUUGUCCCCAACCAGGGUGCCUCCAGCU